AUGAGUACUACGACAUACUAUUCACUGUACAUGCAAUUGUGUCAUGUAACUGAAGAGGUGUUGAAAAACCAGCUUCGACAAUUUGUGACUCGAAAUCCAGAAAAACGAGAAUUUCCAGUGCUGGACUUUGUGCUAGAGAAAAUUACAAUACCUGACGAAGUAUUCAAUUGGAUUACCAAUGCCCACAGUUGCCAUCCCCACGUGCUUUCCAGUGUAAUAACAAAAAAGAAACAUCUAGAUUGGGUGGUACAGGAAACACUGCAAAGUUUAAAAGAGAGAGAUUAUGAGGUUUUAAGCAUCAAAGAAUUUGGAGACCUACACACCAUCAGCAUAUGA